UGAAACAGAGUGCGAGCAUUCCCACUGACUGAUAUUCUCUGCUUCUCAAUUCUCUGAACCAAAUUUCGUUUUUCUUUUGUAUAAAAAUUCAAAGCGACGGCACCGAUCAUCUGCCGCCAGAUCGCAUGGCAAAGUCUGGCGUGGCGGCGGUGGACUCUGAUCCAGCGGUGGCGACAAAGGUGUUGGAAUUGAAGAAGGAAUUGAACAGGUUGGUGAACUCCAUCAUCGACGAUGAUGAUUGCAGCAUACAAACCAUUGAUCAAGCUAAGGAAGCUCUUUCGACUCUUAAGGACCUCAAGCUUCGAAAGAGAUCGUCAUCGUCACCAUCUUCACAAUCUUCGUCGUUUAAGCUAAGCAAAAAUUCUGGUUUUCCAGAAGAAUUUAAGUGUCCUCUUUCUAAGGAAUUGAUGAGAGAUCCUGUCAUUGUGGCAUCUGGAAAGACAUAUGAUAGACCCUUCAUUCAAAAAUGGCUGAAAGCUGGGAACAGAACUUGUCCUCAAACCCAACAAGUCCUCUCACACGCUGUCCUCACUCCAAACCACCUCAUAAGGGAAAUGAUAGAACAGUGGUGCAAGAACCAUGGGGUAGAAUUAUCCAACCAACUUGAGUGUAUUUACAAUGAGGAAGACAUAAUAACAAAAGCAGAUCACGAUCACUUUCAUUCUUUGCUUGAGAAAAUGUCCUCAUCAUCACUUUCUGAGCAGAAAGCAGCCGCAAAAGAGCUUCGCUUAUUGACAAAGAAGAUGCCUUUGUACAGAACACUCUUUGGUGAGACUUCACAUGCCAUUUCUGAGUUUCUCAAACGAGUCUCUGCAAGCGACUCUUUGAACAACAUUCAUCCUGAUCUCCAAGAAGAUGUGAUCACAACACUUUUGAACAUCUCAAUCCAUGACAACAACAAGAAGCUUGUCGCGGAAACUCCUAUGGUGAUUCCAAUUCUUGUGAAAGCCUUAAAAUCGGGAACUAUAGAAACUAGAAGCAAUUCUGCAGCUACCCUUUUCACUUUAUCUGCUCUAGACUCAAACAAAGAUCUCAUAGGAAAAUCUGGAGCCUUGAAGCCGUUAAUUGACCUCUUAGAAGAAGGGCAUCCCUUAGCCAUGAAAGAUGUUGCUUCAGCAAUUUUCACCUUGUGUGUGGUUCACGAGAACAAGGCAAGAGCAGUGAGGGAAGGGGCAGUGAGUGUUAUAUUGAGGAAGAUCUCAAGCCGGGUUUACGUGGACGAAUUGCUCACAAUCCUCGCGCUGCUCUCAAGUCAUCAAAAGGCUGUCCAGGACAUGCUAGAUCUUGGAGCUGUUCCUAACUUGCUGAGCAUCAUGAGGGAGAGCAAUUGUGAACGAAACAAGGAGAACUGCAUAGCGAUUCUUCAAACUAUAUGUCAGCAUGACAGAGGAAAAUUGAAGGAGAUAAAAGAGGAGGAGAUUACCUAUAGAACUAUCACUGAUCUUGCAUUGAAUGGAACUUCAAGGGCUAAGAGAAAGGCUAGUGGAAUUCUUGAGAGGCUGAAUAGGGUUGUUAAUAUUACACACACUGCAUGAUAGUAUUGUUGUUACUGUGUAUAUUCUGCUUCUCUGUUUUUCUCAGGUUGAGUUGUUGAAAGUUGGAAAAAAAAAAAAAAAGUAAAUUUGUGUCUCACUAAAUUUUGUAAAUUCUUUGAGUCAAGUCAUUCCCAUGUUCAGGAGCUAUUACUUAUUAGCAUCUCAAUAAAGUGAAUCCAAUGCUCUUUCCCUCCAAAUGUUUAAGAAACCUUGUAGAAGGAAUAAGCUUAUAAUACAGUUCAAUUAUUCUUUUA